GUUCCUUUCCAGCUACACUACAAGAACCCCGCCCGCCCGUUCCUAGCAGACGUUCGAAACGUUCGCCCUCGGUUGGAACAUCAACACUGCGUGACGCACAUCCUCCGCGGCCGUUAGCGCUAACGGUAGAGCUAGUCAACGGUCGGCUGUGUGUCGUAGAUCGGUUGCACGACACCGUAAAAACCGGCGGUGAAACAGUCCUGGCCCGCGUAGAAGACCCCGUUACAAUUUUCUCGUAUUUGUCUGGGAUGUAUGGAUGGAUAGUUGACGGAAUCUCGUCGCUGUUUGAGCCCAUUACGGGGCAAAACCCCACCGAGUGCCCCGGGAGAGGGAACGUUGGCGAGGAGGAACCCACGCGACCCGAAGUGAAAGCGGGAGCACAGCGGGAGGAGAGCCACGGCAGACCGGCGAAGCGGUGCUACCAGAGUGUUGACGUUGCAGAUGGUGUUUGCCAGACCGAGCAGGUAGAGGUGAAAAGACGCAGACGAGAUGUAGUCAUUAGCUUUGUGAAGAAGACUGUGGCUGGGGUAGCAGGUCUACUCAGGCUGAACCGGCUCACGACAAGGUGUGAAAAGCCCAGACAGUAUGAAGAGACACAGCCUGUUACUCUGAUGGGAAUAGAUGAGCUCCAAACCUCAUGGCUGAACAGUACUGAGUGGAGAAUGAGUAAACCAGUGGCUGGAAUCAACGAGAGGGCUGGGAAGAAUCCCUUCCAGAGCUCCUCACCUCCUUUAAUGAGGAAAUACAGUGGCGCAGGGCUGCCUGCAGGGCUCCCCGACAGGGGGAAGGACCGUGAGAGGAGAGGGUCCCUGCAGCUGCUGCCCUCCAGACCUUCUCUGAGGGUGGGAACCGCUAACCCUGAUCCAACCUGCAAUGGCUUUGGACACAACCGCUGCUACAAGCCCAGUCUUACAGUGGAAGAGGCCAUAAAACAGAAUAAUAAGGAGCACUACAGGCGUUUGCUGGAGAUGGUGACAGACAAAUACAGCAAAAGCCAACCACUACCUUUCAACCAAACAAAACCCCAAGACGAGUUGCUGUCACAGAGCGAUCCCAAAACUGCUGCUUCGGGAAAAGCCUUUGAAUCAGUGCCCAGGAAGAUGGGAUACACAGCUACCCCAAGUGUGUUUACAUGGAAAAAUGCAUCUGUAACCAAGGACAGGUGGGGUAGCUUGACCUUCAGUAAGACAUUCGGUGGAGCCUUUGAGGACACACAGCCUGCUAGAUGUGCAAAGCAGAAACAGGCAGCAGAGUUGGACCUUUCUACAGAAGUAGCCACUCGCCUCAAUCUAGUGGACAAAGAGACGCCUGCCGUCAGUCUCCCUGACGCUUAUUCUGCACACACAGCACAUGCAAGACACAGCGAUGAGGACGUACCUCGGCUGACCAAGGACAUGACAGUGGAGGUGAGCUGUGCUCUGGCGCAGAGUGAUCCCAACCUUGUUCUGAGUGCGGCUUUCAAACUACGCAUCACACAGAGAGACCUGGCUACGUUGCAGGAAGGCGGCUGGCUCAACGAUGAGGUGAUUAACUUCUACCUGUCUCUGAUCAUGGAGCGGUGCUCUGGUGAAGCAACAGCGUUAAAAGUCUACUCGUUCAGCACCUUCUUCUUCCCGAAGCUGCGGGGCGGAGGAGGCAGUGGACAGGCUGGAGGACACGCGGCGGUGAAGCGCUGGACCAAGGCUGUGGACCUUUUCCUCUACGACCUCAUCUUGGUCCCUCUGCACCUGGGAGUCCACUGGGCAAUGGCGGUGAUUGAUUUUAAGUCAAAGACAGUGAAGUCAUACGACUCGAUGGGCCAGAGACAUGAUGACAUCUCUAGUCUUUUACUAGUCUACCUUAAAGAAGAGCACAAAGCAAAGAAAGGCCGAGAGCUUGACGCCGCCAAAUGGACUGUUGGAAGUUUAAGGGCCACUGAGAUUCCCCAGCAGAGAAAUGGCAGUGACUGUGGUGUUUUUGCCUGUAAAUACGCUGACUAUAUCGCAAAAGGGCGGCCUCUCACCUUUAAACAGUGCCACAUGCCUCUCUUCAGGAAGUUGAUGAUUUGGGAAAUCCUCAAUAAGAAGCUGCUAUAGAGGAUCGCAACAAUCUCAAUAAAUGCCCUAACAACAGAGACUUUGUUUACGGGAGCGUCACCUGAGUACAGUAAUUACGGACUAUGACGAGGAGAAAAAUAAAUAAAUGGGCCAAAGAUGUGGACUUUACUGACUGAAAUGUAACCCAGUCUAGCUGUUCUGGUCUAGAGAAAUCAAACACUAGUCUUAAGAGUUGAUGAUGUUCCUUUCCCUGUUGGGGACAUAACAUUUUUGUAAUCUCUGAGUUGUAAUUGGAGACGUUAUAGGGAUGUAAGAAGUGUAUAUCUUACACAUGCUUUGGCACUACUGAAUGAAUGGCUUUUUUUUUAAUGACUUUGGAUUGUUAGUUUUACUGUUUGAAGUUCUGCCUGAAGUGCCUUCAGCCCUCUGACACUGAGCUCCACUUAGAGCAUGUUUUCGUAUGUUUUGGGACUUGUUCGCAUACAACUCGCUGAAUAAUAUUGUUGCUGGUCAGUGAUAUUUUGGUGUUCUUUGGUGUUCCCCUCCCAAUAAUGAUCAACAGAGUGGACAGCAACUAACUACAGUGCUAUCUAGACAUGACACUCAAUCAGUCUAUGAAUAAUAGAAAAUUAAAGUAUCAGAAUACCUCUUCUCCAGUCCCUUUUCAGAACAAAAAUGCAUGUUUGAGCGCUUGUAGUAUGUUUGUUUUGCCUUUAUUUAUGACUUGAGUGGAUGAGAGUGUUUCUGGACUGUGCGUUUAAUUUGUUUUUUCCUCCAUGAGUGGAGCAUUAAUAGCUGUUUCCCCCAUGUGUAUCAUGAGGCGCUGUUAGUUCUGUGAAUCUGUUCCAUGAGCAUACUGCAAAACGCUACUUAGGGCUAUUACAUUAGCUUGCCAGUAUAAUAUACUGCAUAACAAACUACUGUACACACAUGCAUGUAUGAGGUCAUGCUUUAAAAAUGUGAUUUUUUUUUUUUUUCUUUUCCCCCUGUAAUAAAGUAUUUCAUUUGUUAAACUGGAGUUAUAUUACUGUAACUGACAAGGG